GGUGCCAGAACAAGGGAGCAUGAGCGGAGAUGGCGGCGUCGCGCGGGACGGGCUGCGAACGCGGUAUCGCCACCAUCGGUCUAUCUCCCUCUCUCUCUCUCCCUCUCUCUCCUGCUCCCUUCUCCCUGUCGUUGGCUCGCUGCCUCUUCCCAAGCAAAGCAAAGCAAAGCAAGCAUCACCUGGCUCUGUGACCACCAUCACCCGUCUCCUCCUCCCACUCGCCAUCCCCACCUUCUCUGGAUCCGCCGUUGCCGUUGCCAUUCCUGGUGCACUCACAGGGUUGUUGGGUCGACGCCAAUUCAUCGACCGGAGCUGCCGUUGCUGCUGCUGCUGCUUCUGCUAGUGCAGGAGGGAGCUAGUGGCUGGGAAGGAUGUCGGGCUCUAAUCAGCGUUUGAAUGUGGCUCCGACCAUCACCAUGAUGGGAGUGGUGAAGGCCCGGCUUGUGGGCGCCACCAAAGGGCACCAGCUGCUGAAGAAGAAGAGUGAUGCGCUCACCAUGCAGUUCCGGCAAAUUUUGAAGCGGAUCGUGGAGACGAAGAAGUCGAUGGGGGACACCAUGAAGACGUCCGCGUUCUCGUUGACGGAGGCUAAGUACGCAGCAGGGGAUAACAUCAAGUAUGUUGUGUUUGAGAACGUUGAUAAGGCCACAAUUAAGGUUAGGGCUAGGCAGGAGAAUGUCGCUGGGGUGAAGCUUCCCAAGUUUGAACACUUCACCGAGGUCGGGGAGGCGAAGAACGAUCUGACGGGGUUGGCUCGUGGUGGGCAGCAGAUUCAGCUUUCUAAGUCUGCGUUCGUGAAGUCGAUUGAAAUUUUAGUGGAAUUGGCGUCGUUGCAGACCUCCUUCCUGACGUUGGACGAGGCCAUUAAGACAACGAAUCGUAGGGUUAACGCUCUUGAGAAUGUCGUCAAGCCCAAACUAGAGAACACAAUUCAGUAUAUCAGGGGCGAAUUAGAUGAAUUGGAGAGGGAGGAGUUUUUCAGGCUCAAGAAAGUGCAGGCGUAUAAGAAGAAGGAGGUUGAUAAGCAACUUGCAAAGAGCAAGGCGUACAUGGAGCAGGGAUUGGAUCGACCAGUCAGCAGUCAAGUCACCGCAGAUAACGACGAUGACCUUCUUUUCUGAUCUUAUAUCGUUUGUUACCUAGGCGAUUGGCAGAACUCUCUUACAAUCAGAAUUUGCUUCAUCAUCUGGACGAUUUCUACUUUUCAAGCUUCAUGUGGAGUUCAAUCGUGACGAGAUAUUAGUCAAGCAUUCCUUGUUGAGGGGAACAAGAUUUGUACUUGCUAUCGGUCGGUUAAGUUUGUGUGAGAAACUGCAAAAGCUGUUAUUCUAGAUUAGACUGAUAACCAGUAUGUUUCGUCAGUUUCGAUAAUAGGGUUGUGUAUUCUAUGUCGUGUAGAGGAUAUUUUUGUCUUGAAGUGCUACUUCAGGUACAAAUCUUUGAUGCAGAAGGCUUGAGUAUGUAUGCAGAGCGGUACUGACAAGAUAGCUGGCGAAUCUGACCAAGUACUCCUCUAGUAAAUAAUUUCAUAGUAUUCUUUCUGGACCCUUUAGGAAUGAUCUGAUUUUUCGGGGCUUGUUUUUAUCGAGCUGACUAGCAGCAUAGAGUCGAAGUUGUCAAUGCUACUCUGUGAAUGUUCCUGUGUCCUGUAAUCUCGGGGUUCAUUUAACGAAUCUGCUUUGCUAGGUUGUGAAUCAAUUUAGCAAAUAGCCUGCCUUUGCGUGAAA